CUUGAUUAUUUUUGUUGAAGUGGGAAUGCUCAGCUUGCGCUCUUAAUGUGAAAAUCUUCUGCUCUACUAUAAUGGACAUGUCCUUGCUUUCACUUUCAUUGUCUUGCUUGAAGAGUUUCUGCACGGGAUGUGAAAUAUGUACUGAAGGGUCAGGAGAUAACCUUGGGACCUUCAAGUUAUCGACAGCCAACUGAAAUAUACUGGACACAUCAUGUCUACGACAUUGUAUCUUUUGAUGGCACCAUGGAGACUGUGGCCCCUGCAUAUGAGAACAAAAUCCUUCUGGACAGGAACUCUGCAGUACUCACCAUCAAACAGGCCACUUAUGAAGACAGUGGAAACUAUGACCAGGAAGUCACAGUCAACAAGAAGGUCUAUCACAAUGCGUAUAAAAUUGAGGUUAUAGACAAAAUAUCCAAACCGAACAUAAGUUGUGUGAUGAUUGACACAUACCAGGCGAUGCUCAUGUGCUCAACAGAGUCCAAACUUUCUCCUUUAUUAAAGUUUAAGUGGAGAUCAGGUGGAAAUGAGCAAACUGGACCAAUUUUAACAAUAACUCUCAGGAAGUUUCUUAAUCAUCAAGUUUAUAUUUGUGAGGUCAGCAACCCUCUGACCGUUGAAAUGGCUACAUUCACUGCUAAUGACUGCUUAUCUGGCAAAUUAACUGUUGCUGAAAUUGUUGUCAUCAUGACUUCCAUGGUUGUGUUUAUUGGGCUCUGCAUCUUUUUGGGAUUCUACAUAAAACGUCAAGAACGCCGUAAAAGAGUAGCAUAUUAUGAAUGUUUAAAAAGAAGAAAUAUAAUGAUGGGGUUAUACAACAUCAAGAAUUCCAACAAGUUAUGGUUUUUGGAGCCAUAUGAGGAACUGAAGCCGUAUGGUGUUGCAAUUAGUGCCUGCACUGACUUAUUUAGAAACACCAUAUUGUGGAUGAAAGCAGACAAUAAUGACGGUGAUCCUGCAGUAUUUCUCAACCACUUCCUGGACACAGUGACUCGUAUUGGAGGUUGUCCACAGCGACUGCUGUUCAAACCAAGUAGAGAAAAUAAACACAUCAGAACAGCACAAACUUUCCUGCGUAGGAAUCAUACAGACUGUUAUGCUGGGGAGGACAGUGUGAUGGAGGAAUUCAGCUUGAGACGUCGCAGGUGGUUACACACAUGUACGCCAUGGAAGUCCUGUUUUGCAGAUCUCAGAGAAUUAGGACAUUUCUCAGGAAACGAUUCGGACAAGAAGCUCAUACAGUUCUGCUUCCUCCACAUCAUCCAGGAUCAGCUGAAGGAGUUUGUUGGAGAAUUCAAUAGGAACAUACUCACGUCACAACGUGAUGGACCAGCAGAGGACAAACUCCAAACUGUUCUCCCAGAGGAUAUUGAUGAGUGCAGGAGGAGGUGGUGUACCCCAAGAGGGCGGUACCCCUGUGAUGAAACACUCUUCAAGCGCUGGGAGCUCAUUAGGACUGAAAAUGGUUGGGAAGCUCCAGUGGACGAAUGUACAGCUCGAAAACUGUAUUUAGAUUUAAGAAAGAAGACUUAUGAAGAUGAUGAAGUUGUGAUGGAAACAUGUAGUGAUGAGGAAGAACAGGUGGUAGGUUUGUUAGAAUAA